AUGUUUGAUUACGAAAACAGGCAUCAAGACCCUUCUCCAAUAUUGCUUCAUGGUGGUUUUGAAAUAAAAACUUUUAUGGAAAAAGACAAAAAUGAAAAAGUUCAGGAGGACUACAACUUAUCAAACAAAUGUUUUUUUAAAAAAACAGACUACGAAUCAACCAAGAACUCAGCUCUAAGCAAACCUAACGACAAAAAUCUUCAUAUUCAGUUGAGUGAUGCGAAAUCACAAGUUGAACAUUUUAAAACAGAGUUCCUUAGGCUUAGUAAAGAACGCCUUGAAGAGCAGCGUGAACUAACCAUCGUGGUCAAAUCACUUCGUGACCAAUUGGAAGCAGUUUCUCAAGAGAGAGACCAAGCAAUCACCAAAACAAGCAUGGAAUCUAAACAAAGCGGAAUGCAAUUUCAGCAUUUGAAAUAUUGUGUGGAUCAGUUACUGGAAACUAAUGCUGAACAAGAAGAACUUAUGUGUGCAAUGAAUGAACGUUUGGCAGCAUCUAACAAAGAAAUCGGAAAUUAUAAAUUGUUUAUCGAAUACAUCAGUUCAGCUAUACAAAAAUUUGAUCUCAAUAAUAAUUUAAUAGAACCAAAAAAUCUCGAAAUUCAAGAUAUUGAAUAUAUACACAGUUAUUUUAACAAAUUUUUAAAAACAUUAGAAGAGAAUGAACAUUUACAAAUUAUAGAAAUUGAAAAACUGAAAACCACAAUAGAUGUAAUGCGAAGUCAGCAUGAAGCAGAAAUUUUUAGAAUUGAAGAAAAACACAAGUCAUCCCUUCGGAAACAAUGUGAACAACUGCAAGAUGAACUAAAUAAUACAGUUGUGCGUGCCGAAAGAGCAACACUAGAGGCAAGAACUCUAAGUGUAGAAGUGGCCAAUGCUAAGUCGAAAUACGAAAAAGAAAUUACUGAAAAGUGUGAGCAAAUUCAGGAGUUGGAGAAAAAGUUGUCCAAUUUCACAACAAAACAAAAUGAUUCAGAUAUAAACUCUAGGAAAGCAUUAGAAUCCGUAUUGGAUACGACGCAAAAAGAACUGAUUAAGAUGAAAUGUGAAAGAGACUCAGCAACAAGUCAGUUAUCCACAUUAAGUGCAAAACUGGAAGCAACAGAAUCUUAUAUUGCAGAAUUGGAUGACCGUUUAAAUAAACAGAUAACCAUUGAUCAGACAACACGAAACCAAUUAAAUGAGACAAACAAAAUUAAUAAGCACUUGCAAAGUUUCGCUAAAUCAAUAGAACUGUCAAUGAAAAGGUUAUACAAUAUGAUCAAUAAUGAAUUGAACUUGAACAGAAAUUGGAAAUGGGAACAAAUUUUUGAAGAAAACCAUAUAGGAGAAUUCAUUGAGAACGUGAUGAAAAUUAUUGGUGAAUUAAAGAAGAAAUCAAUGAUGAACAGAGAGAAUAAAGCACAAACAAAACUUCUGAAAAAUCAAAUAAAAGAACUGAAUUAUGAAUUGGGCAAAUUAAAAUCCACUUUUAAGAACAAUCAACGUUCUAUUAGUGAUUAUGAAAAGACACUUGCUGUAAAGGUCAGUGAAUUAGAAACUACUAUUUCAGAAAGGGAUUAUUAUCUACAAAUAAUUAAUGAGCAAACUGAAGAAUUAUCUACCGUUAAAGCCAAUUUUCAACGUCAAACAAGAGAGCUUACGGAACAAAUAGACAUUUUGAAAAGACGACAGAUCUGUACAGGAAAGUGUUCACAAUUGAAAUCAAUAACAUCUGGCAUUCAUGAAAAAUGCACUACACAAUUUAGAACAUUGAGAAAACCAUUAUCAUCAGGGUUAUUACUGUCUGAUCAACGUUUAACUUCAGUCGACUAUGAGAAACAAGCAAGUGAAAAUGCUAUCAGUGAAAUAAAAAAGCAGAUAAAUGAAUCAAAGUCAAAAUGUGACAGAAUUUCACUAAAACGAGAAAGUUGUGAAACGGUUAGCAACGAUAAAAUUAAAGAAAAAUUUAAAAUUUCUCAAGAAAACACUUCUCGAAGAAAUAUAUCAAACGCUGUAAAACAGUCUAAUGCAAUUUUCAGUUUACAACAACGAUUACGAAAUUUAGAAACGAAUAUGUACAAAGUAAAUGUAGAUAAAGGAAAUCUACAAAGUCAAAAUGAACAGUUGACAGAUUUACUUCGAAGGUUAACAGAACAAAAUCAACGUCUUACAAAGGAACUUGAUAAUCGUAUGGUAGAAGCGACGCGAGCUAAUAAACCAGCAACUUAUUCAUCUCAAAGAGUAGUUGAAAAUUCAACAGAAUUUCAACAAAACAAUAACAAUAAUUUUUAUGAUUAUUCAAAUGAACAAGUGAAAAUCAGUAAUUGUAAUAAUGAUGACAGUGUUUGGAAUGAAAAGUUUCUAGAUGGCUACCGUAACACCAACAAUUUUAAUAAUGGAAAAUCAAAUAAAAGACCGUAUGAGAACAAUGAAAUUCUAACUUCACCUGAUCGAACACCUGGAAAUACGUCCCCAGUUCAACUGAGCGAUAAGAAUAAAACUUACUCAGCCCAGGAACAAAGUGCGCAAAGUUUGAAAUCGGACACAACACGAACCUACUAUUCAGUCAGUGAUAGCGCUAUACUAUCUAGUCAAUCGAAUUAUUCGGACGAAAUAAUUAUGAGAGAAACCAAAGUAAAUAAUAGUGAAAGUACCAAUGAUGUUAAGUAUUUCAAGAAUCAACAAAAUUUUAAAUUAGACACUAAAAUACCAGAUCAACCAAAUUCUUCUACUCCUAAUAUUGAUGUACAUAUAACAGCGAAUAAUUAUAAAACAUUUUUAAAUUUCAACUACCAAAAUACUAAAGAUAACACUUUAAAACAUGGAACCCAGUAUGAAAAACAGUUGACUAUCAAAGAUUCUGAAUUCAAACCUAAUCCACCAGAAUUAACUAAUCAUAAUACUAAUAAUAAUGGAAUUAUAAAUUGGAAAUUAAAAAAUUUUGAUAAAUCAUUAGAAAUCUAUUCGGAUAAUGAAGUUAAAACUUGUCCAGACAAUAUUUUACCAGGAACCUAAUUCUUUUAAAAAUUAUUAGCGAUACUUCAUGGCUCCAACAGUAUAUCAUACAUUCUUUUUCUUCAUUCACCAGAUUACAAGAAAUAAAUUAGUUAUACAGAAUGCGAUUUUAUCUACAAUCGUCAGUAUAUACCAUGGAGAUGACGUGAGAUAUUGGACGAUGACUUCAGGAGUUUCCAUUUUUCCAAAUA